AUGGGCGAGGAGUACGCGCGUUCCCCCUGCGAGCGAUUCCCGACGGCGGGCGCGUUCAGCGUGGCGCCGCCGGAGAGACUCAGCCCGCCGCCGCCCGCGCCGCUGCCGGACCGCUUCUCAGCGUCGCCGCGCCGCGUGCGCCGCAGCGCGGAGGCUGACCGCGCGCGGCUGCCGCGCUACGUGCCGCCUGCGGCUCACGUGCCCGUCGAGCGCUACGUGCCUAGGCCGCCAGCGCCACUGCGGCCGCCGCCCCCGGUCUACUGCGGACUGGCGUGUCGGCCGCCGGCGCCACGCAAGUGCUGCGGCCCGUCCUGCCGCGAAGACAUCGUCGCCUCGCCGCCACCGACGCGGUACGUGGAGUACGUGGGCGCGGCGGCGGCUCGGCGCCUGGCCUGCACGCCGCCACCACCGCCGCCGCCGGCGCUACAGCUGCCCUGCGACGGUCCAGAGCCGCCCUGCUGCGUACAGGCUCGCCGGAGACAGCAGCAGCCGCAGCUUGACUGGCGGUCCAGUGCGGGUUUGCUAGCAUCGCAAUUGUCAUGUCAGGGUACGUCAACAGCGAGUGGGUCCGCGCCGUCCCAUCCGGCGCCGCCGUCACCGCCUCGUGUCGUGUCCGCACCGCCUCCCGUCGCCAACCCGCCACCGGACCCGGUGCCGCAGCCCGCGCAAGAAGACGGCGUCCGGUUGCGGCGAGCGCAUACAGUCGCGGUACGGGACUAUUUGAAAAGGGAAACGCAAACAUUCUUUGGAGUUCAGAGAGAUAACGAGAGGGAACAAAGGAGACUGUGGUAUGAGAGGCGGAGGCGGCACGCGGCGAGAGCACUCGGCGACCUCCGACUUGAUCUGCCACCGGAUUAUCACCCUGAUGAUGAUGAUAUUAGUAUGUAUGGUGCGUCUGGCGCGGCGCCGAGGGAGGCGCGGGGGCGCGGGCGGGAGCGGCCCGACGUGCUGCCCGCACCCGCUCCCGCUGACCCCGCGCCAGGACCUCCCCUGCCGCCUCUCCCGCCUCCCGGCAAGGACUCCGUCGCGAGGCUCACACUCACAGGACUCUCUUAUGUUGUUACGGCGGUGACGAGGAGAUCGCGGCAAUCAACGUCGGUGCAGUGGUCGCGCUCGUUCCGCGGUAGCGUGCCCGCCCAGAUCGAUGACGAUAUCGAUGACGUCUUCUUUGCUCCCGUCUCUAUGACGUCAGCAAUCAACCAACACCAUCAUGACGAGGCCGACAUGGCCGAUGGACCAAAAGGUGGUCGUUCGCCGGUGGUGUCUGGCGUGGAGUACAGGCGGCCCGAGAGGAGCGUCUCGUGGGGCGCGGGCGCGGUAUGCGGUGCGGGGGGAGCGCGCAUACACACGCCCAUGCUCGAGCCGUUGGCAGACAACUCGAAUAGGAGGCAAUUUGGCAUGGGCAUUGUCGGCAGGUUUUUCCGACGUUCUCUACGUAAGUCAGUGACACACCAGGAGGAAGUAGCACAGCAGCUGGACGAACUGACUGACUACCGGCCGUAUUUUACGUGGUGGGUGAGCACGGUGCAGACUUUGGUGUUGCUGCUCUCGCUGCUCUGCUACGGCUUCGGGCCAGUUGGCUUCGGUCGACACACACACACUGGACAGGUCAUGGUUAAGAGCCUCAGCUUGCAACAGGUGGAAUGGGAGGAACCGGCGUCGUUCUGGUUGGGCCCGCGGGCGGCGGACCUCAUACACUUAGGAGCUAAGUUUGCGCCGUGCAUGCGGCGAGACGCGAGGAUAGCGCGAGCGAUAGCAGCGUCUGCGAGACGGGAGCGGGACACUGCGUGCUGCAUACGUAAUGAUGAUUCUGGUUGCGUGCAGUCUUCUAAAGCUGAUUGUUCGAUAAGAGGAUUGGUAGCAAAGAACACAAUAUCAACGUGGAAGAAGUGGUCCUCGGGAGAAUCUGGUCCGGGCGGACGGAUAUCGGGAUCUGUUUGCGGAUUGGAUCCAAAAUUUUGCGAAGCUCCAAGAUCGAUAGCGCCUCACGAAUGGCCGGACGACAUAACAAAAUGGCCGAUCUGCCGCAAGUCUGUGAUAGACGGGAGCUCGCCAACGGGGCGAUCGGGGCACGCGGCGGAGCACAUGGCGUGUGAGGUCAUCGCGCACCCCUGCUGCAUCGGCGUCCAUGGACAGUGUGUCAUCACCACUAGCGAGCAUUGCGACUUCAUCAAAGGAUACUUCCACGAAGAGGCGUCUUUGUGUUCACAGGUUUCGUGCCUCGAUGAUGUUUGUGGAAUGCUACCCUUUAUGCGAAGACGUCGACCAGACCAGUUAUAUCGUGCGUGGACUUCAUUGUUCGUGCACGCUGGAUUAUUACAUCUCGCUGCUACACUCGCUAUCCAGUGGCUAUUCAUGAGAGAUCUAGAGAAAAUGGCUGGCCCUGUAAGAAUCGCCGUGGUGUACUUGGGUAGCGGGGUAGCUGGAAAUAUGGCGUCUGCUAUUUUCGAACCUUAUCGAGCUGAGGUCGGUCCUGCCGGUUCUCAUUUCGGUCUACUCGCAUGUUUAAUAGUGGAAGUGAUCGGUGCGUGGCCGUUGUUAAAGCAUCCAAAACGCGCUCUAAUGAAACUAGUCGGACUAGCUGUGGCGUUGUUCCUCCUCGGCUUAUUACCAUGGAUCGACAAUUUCGCGCACGUGUUCGGUUUCGUAUUUGGAUUUCUACUUUCGUAUGCGUUGUUACCAUUUAUAACAUUCGGUCCGUACGAAAGACGUAGAAAGAUUAUAUUGGUUUGGGUGUGUUUAAUAUCGGCGUUGGGUAUGUUGUGUUCUUUGAUCGCGCUGUUCUACGCGGCGCCGGCGUACGAGUGCUCGGUGUGCGCAUACUUUACGUGCCUGCCGUUCGCGCCGGAUAUGUGCGCGUCACAGGAUGUGCGCGUGAGGCAACUGGACGGCGUAUGACGGCGCGCGGCCCGGGCGCCCCCGCCGCCGCCGCCCCCCUGCCCUGCGCACCGCCCGCUCCGCAUCUGCCCUACACCCAGCCGCCGCGUUGCGCACAAAUAGUGCCACCUCUACAUUCUCUAAAGUACCAAAUUAAACGUAAAAGCUUGAAUGAACAUUCUAAUGUCAUCUACACGUUUACCGUCUACUCCUAUUUUGGGGCAGAUAAAAAUCUUACAACUUGUGGAUCAGAAAGUUACACCAGUUUCAAUAACACGAUUUUCUUAAACGAGAACUCAAUAAAAAAAAACUAAAUACGUUAAUAUAGACUAUAAUUGUCGAGAAUGUAGAGACAACAAGAACUGCCUUCGGUGUAACCAUCUUUUGAACACCACAGCAUUAUUUUGAGUGCUCUCUAAAAAAGCUCAAAUGCGUUCUGCGGAAAGAGGCGCAAUGUAAUUUUUUACUGCUUAAGCUAUUGUUUAAGGUUUUGUAAUUGUCAAAUUAGACUUAUAUCACUUAUGUGUAUGCGAAUAAAUCAUUUAUUACUUUUAAUGGACCAUAGAGACUUAUUAUUGCAUAAUCGAACUCUUUGUUACGUUAUUUUACUCACUAUUUCUAGACUUAUAGUCCUCCGCUUUCGGCGUCGGCAGAUUUAGGUUAUAAGCAUCUUAACUGAUUGUUAUACCACAUGUAUAUAUUGUAUGUAUGGGGUAUAGCGAUAAAUUGUUUAUUAACUAGUGUGUAAUUGUGUUAAGGUGCUUUUAAAAUAAAUUUGAUGUGAACUAACCCGUGAUGUUUGUGAUACCUGACUCUUGGCAAGUACUCUCGAGUACCUGCUUGAUCGAAUUCGACGUUAAUGUAAAUAUUGUGUAAUAUACACACUUAUGAUUCUUUAAUAAGCUGUAUGUAUGUACU